UGCGCAUGCGUGCGGCGCCUCGCGGACUCGCGCUUCUUUUCCUUUUCUGAGGUUCUCCGUUUCCCUGGUUUUAACUGGCGUGUGUUUGCAGUGUCUUCCCCCGGGAUGUUGCAGCUGGAAGAACUGGAGCUGUUGAAGAAGAGUCUAGAGGGAGAGGCUGGUCCGCCGGCGGAGCUAUUUCAGAAGAAAGUGGAAGCUUCCUUUUCUAAAACAGUUCUGAGCCGAGGAAUGGAUAACCGGUACCUGGUAUUAGCAGUCAAUACUGUACAGAAUGAAGAAGGAAACCAUGAAAAGCACCUAAUCAUCACUGCUUCUCAGUCACUAGAAUAUAAAGAACUGUGUAUCCUUAGGAAUGACUGGUGCUCUUUACCAGUGGAGCCGGGGGACAUCAUUCAUUUGGAGGGAGACUGCAUAUCUGAUACUUGGAUAAUAGAUGAAGAUUUUGGAUAUUUGAUUCUAUAUCCAGACAUACUGAUUUCUGGCACAAGCAUAGCCAGUAGUAUUCGAUGUAUGAGAAGAGCUGUCCUAAGUGAAACUUUUAGGAGCUGUAAUCCAGCCACACGUCAAAUGCUGAUUGGUACAGUUCUUCAUGAAGUAUUUCAAAAAGCAAUAAGCAAUAGCUUUGCCCCAGAAAACCUACAAGAAUAUGCUUUUCAAACUAUUCAAGAAAUAAAACAUCUGAAGGAAAUGUAUCGCUUAAAUUUGAAUCAAGAUGAGAUAAAACAAGAAGUAGAGGAGUAUCUUCCUUCAUUUUCUAAAUGGGCCGGAGAUUUCAUGCAUAAAUAUAUUUCAACUGACUUCCCUCAGAUGCAGCUCUCUCUGCCAAGUGAUGGUAGUAACAAUAAUUCAACAUGUAAUAUUGAAGUCAUAAAUUCAUUGGAUAUUGAAGAAAGCAUUUGGUCCCCUAGGUUUGGAUUGAAAGGCAAAAUAGAUGUCACAGUUGGUGUGAAAAUACAUCGAGGAUAUAAAACGAAAUAUAAGAUAAUGCCUUUGGAACUUAAAACUGGCAAAGAAUUAAAUUCUGUUGAACAUCGUAGUCAGCUUGUUCUGUACACACUGCUAAGUCAAGAGAGGAGAGCUGAUCCAGAGGCCGGCCUGCUCCUUUACCUCAAGACUGGCCACAUGUACCCUGUGCCCGCCAAACAUCUUGAUAAAAGAGAAUUAUUAAGGCUAAGAAACCAGAUGGCAUUCUCUUUGUCUAACCGUAUUAGCAAAUCUUCUGUUGGAAAGGAGAAGACAAACCUUGCUCCUUUGCCACAAAUAAUUGAGGAAGAGCAAACUUGUAAAUACUGUUCACAUGUUGGCAACUGUGCUCUUUAUAGCAGAGCAGUUGAACAACAGAUGGAUGACAGUUCAGUCCCGAUUGGCAUGCUGCCCAAAAUAAAAGAAGAAACCCAACAUCUGAAGCUUUCACACUUGGAGUAUUUCAGCCUUUGGUGUCUAAUGUUAACCCUGGAGUCACAAUCAAAGGAUAAUAAAAAGAAUCACCAACAUAUAUGGUUAAUACCUGCUUCAGAAAUGGAAGAGAGUGGCAACUGCAUUGGAAACCUGAUUAGAACAGAACGUGUAAAGACAGUUUGUGAUGGGCAAUAUUUACAUAAUUUUCAACGUAAAAAUGGUGCCAUGCCUAUCACAAAUCUAAUGGCAGGUGAUAGAGUUAUUUUAAGUGGAGAAGAGAGAACACUGUUUGCUUUGUCUAGGGGAUAUGUGAAGGAGAUUAACAUGACAUCAGUAACCUGUUUAUUAGACAGGAACUUGUCAGUACUCCCAGAAUCAACUUUGUUCAGAUUGGACCAGGAAGAAAAGAAUUGUGAUAUAGAUACCCCAUUAGGAAAUCUUUCUAAAUUGAUGGAAAAUACUCGUGUCAGUCAGAAACUUCGAGAUUUGAUCAUUGACUUUCGUGAACCUCAGUUUAUAUCCUACCUCAGUUCUGUUCUUCCGCAUGAUGCAAAGGAUACAGUUGCCUGCAUUCUGAAAGGUUUGAAUAAACCUCAGAGGCAAGCAAUGAAAAAGGUACUUCUUUCAAAAGACUACACACUCAUCGUGGGCAUGCCUGGAACAGGAAAAACAACUACCAUAUGUACUCUCGUAAGAAUUCUCUAUGCCUGUGGCUUUAGUGUUUUGUUGACCAGCUAUACACACUCUGCUGUUGACAAUAUUCUUUUGAAGUUAGCAAAGUUUAAAAUAGGAUUUUUGCGUUUGGGUCAGACUCAGAAGGUACAUCUAGACAUCCAGAAAUUCACAGAGGAGGAAGUUUGCCGAUCCAAGUCCAUUACAUCCUUAGCUCUUCUAGAAGAACUCUACAAUAGUCAUCGUAUAGUUGCAACAACGUGUAUGGGAAUAAACCAUCCAAUAUUUUCUCGUAAAACUUUUGAUUUUUGUAUUGUGGAUGAAGCCUCUCAAAUUAGCCAACCAGUCUGCCUAGGGCCACUUUUUUUUUCGCAAAGAUUUGUGUUGGUGGGGGAUCAUCAGCAGCUUCCUCCCUUGGUGCUAAACCAUGAAGCAAGAGCUCUUGGCAUGAGUGAAAGCUUAUUCAAGAGGCUGGAACAGAAUAAGAAUGCUGUUGUACAAUUAACUGUGCAGUACAGAAUGAACAGUAAAAUUAUGUCCUUAAGUAAUAAACUGACAUAUGAAGGAAAGCUGGAGUGUGGAUCAGACAAAGUGGCCAAUGCAGUGAUAAACCUACCUAACUUUAAAGCUGUAAAGCUGGAACUGGAAUUUUAUGCUGAUUAUUCUGAAAAUCCUUGGAUGAUUGGAGUAUUUGAGCCAAACAAUCCUGUUUGUUUUCUUAAUACAGAUAAGGUUCCAGCACCAGAACAAGUUGAAAAGGGUGGUGUGAGCAAUAUAACAGAAGCCAAACUAAUAGUUUUCCUGACCUCAGUGUUUAUUAAGGCUGGAUGUAAACCCUCUGAUAUUGGUAUUAUUGCACCAUACAGGCAGCAGUUAAAGAUCAUCAAUGAUUUAUUGUCCCAUUCUUCUAUUGGAAUGGUCGAAGUUAACACCGUAGACAAAUACCAAGGAAGAGACAAAAGUAUCAUUCUAGUAACUUUUGUUAGAAGUAAUAAAGAUGGACCUCUUGGUGAACUCCUGAGAGAUUGGCGACGUCUUAAUGUUGCUAUAACCAGAGCCAAACAUAAACUGAUUCUUCUGGGAUGUGUACCCUCACUAAACCGCUAUCCUCCUUUGGGGAAGUUACUUCAUCAUCUAAACUCAGAAAAAUUAAUAUCCUUUUUGUUUUGUAUAUGGUCACAUUUGUGCUUUGUGAGUAUUUUAUGUACUUGUAUAAUUAAAACUUAGUGUCCUGUGUUUUCUAUGGGCAUAUUUCAAAGACCUGAUUUUACAAAGGAAAGAGAGAAAACAAUUGUCAGGAAGUUAUUUUAUUUUACUUUAAUUUAUUAUUUUAUUUUUAUUUUUAUUUUAUUUUAUUUUUAUUUUAUUUUAUUUUAAUUUAAUUUUAUUGUUUAUUUAUUUUGAGAGAGAGACAGAGAGAGGGAGCAGGGAGGGUGCAGAGACAAGAGAAAGAAUCCCAAGCAGGGUCCGCACUGUCCAUGCACACAGAGCCCAACAGAGCCCAACGUGAUGUUCAAACUCACAGUGAGAUCGUAACCUGAGCCGAAACCAUGAAUCAGAGGCUUAACUGACUGAGCCACCCAGGCACCCCUAUUUUAUUUUACUUUAUCAUUAUUAUUUUUUUAAGUAGGCUCCAUGCCCAGUGUGGACUCCAACAUGGGGCUUGAACUCACAACCCUGAGAUCAAGACCUGAGUUCAGAUCAGGUUUGGACACUUAACUGAGCCACCCAGGUGCCCUGUCACAGGAAGUAAUUUUAAGCAAAAACUGAAAUAAUGAAGGUGAUGGAGAAGGAUGAUUUGUGAAGGGAGAAAGGGAAGAAAAGGGACUUGAUCUGCUGCCCUAGGAGCAGAAUGCAUGUUUCUUAGAACACAUCUAGGAAAAGUGGUUACCCCUUCUGGAUCCUCUCACAAUAAUUUAUAAUUAUUUUUCUUUAAUCUGGAACAAAACAUUAAUAUAAACAAAAAGGGGUGCCUGCAUGGCUCAGUCAGUUAAGCAUCUGGACUCUUGAUUUUGACUUAGUUCAUGAUCUCACGAUUAUGAGAUCCAAUCUGUGAGACUGAGCUCUGAGUCAGUCCCCUCUUUUUGCCCCUCCCCUGCUCGUGCUCUCGUGUGGAAAAAUUAAAUUAAAAGAAUUAAAAAAUGGAGAAUUAUUCCUAGUCAUAUUAUGGGUUAUUAAGAUAAAUCAUCUUUUAAAAAAUUAUAUGAAGGUCUUAGGCUAUGAUAUAUAAACCUUAUUGCUUACGUACAUUAUUAUCCAUAGAAUGCCAUAAAAUUUUUUUAGCAGUUCUUUAAACCAAAUUACAAAAUGUUGAAUAAUGUCAUAAAUGUCUUCCUGCAAUUCCAUUUUGUGUUAAGUAUAUCUUCCUUAAUUUAUUUUACAUCAUGGAUCUUCCAUCAGAGGAACAUGAAAGUCUUUGUCAUGUAUUAGGUGGUUUUCAAAGAAGAUAAAGCACUGUUUUCCUUGCUUUUCUUUUACUGGCAUAGUGAUCUUCUCUAAAUAUUACCUGUUAUUUGUAAUUUGGAUAUGCUGUGAAAAGUGUCUGGUUAGACUAUGAAUAUCACUUUUAUCCCAAGGAUAUGAAAUAAUGUAAAAUGUACUCUGCUCAGAGUUCCAGUUUUUUGGGGUUUUUUUGUUUGUUUGUUUGUUUUUUUUUUUUUUUUUGGUAUAAUCUUUUAAACAUAAAGUUCUAUCACUAUGCAGAAUUUAACACAGUAUUGUUUCAGUAUAAGUGUACCCAAAACUGAAAAGUAUGUUUAUAUGUACUGUAAGUAUGUUUUUGUGUGACCUAGAAAGAGUUUGACAAAUUUUUACCAGCUUUAUUGAUGGAUUAACUCUAGGAUCUGAGAAACUUUAAGUCUAAAAUUUCAAUACUAAUUUGAUUUUAUAGGUUUUUAUCAUAUUUUGCUCAUUCUUUAAGAGAUUAGGGAAAGAAAAUUAUUUGUUUUUAUUACCUAAGUACAGCCUUAUGAUGAUGAGGACACAGGUGUGAUUCUUUUCUGUGUUUUGAGAUCUCUGAUCCAAAGACCAUUUUGCAGGAUUAUUCCCCUGACUAUUGCUUUUUGGUAUAAGGUAUAUUUUUACUUUAAAUCUAGUCUUUUAAACUAUUAAUUAUAAAUUUAUUAUUUCUCCCUAAUUCCUGAUUGCCCCUUAAUCUCCCACUUGUUAUUUUCAGUAGAUUUUGAUAUAAAAGAAAAUAAUUCUUUUGAGAAGUUUUGUUUGCUGAAUUGAUGAUAAAAAGUUUAUUUUCACCUAUUGUUCAUAUGACCCUUUGUUUUGAGACACUACUCAGUUUUCUCUCUCUCUCUCUUUUUUUUUUCCUUGGGAAUAAAGAUAUUUUUGUAAAAUAAUUGCCUCAAAAUGCUUAAGUUAAGUAAAUGGUGAUCAAUUUUAACUUUACUGUAUCCAUCUUCUGUGGGAGGAUAUCUCUCUCAAGGUUGUAUUUUUUUUUUUUUUAAUGAAUGUUAAAUGUGUUAAAAUUGUUGCUUCUACCUCACCUCACAUGUUCCUUAAAAAUUACUUGAAGUUUUUUAUUAAAUAAAUUGUUUUCUACUGUUA